GUACUUGUUUCAGACAAGUAAUAGAAUCUUAUUUCAGACAUAUCAACAGCAGCUGUCAUUGUGCAAAGACGACUUUCAUGGCUAGCAAAUCCAGAAAUAUAAUAUUCAAUUUUUUAUUCUUUUCUAUGCUUUCCACCCCUUGACCUCCUCCUAGCUUAGCUCCUCCCCUUCCCUACAUCUCGUCCUGCCCCCCGGUUCUCUCUCUCUCUCUCUCUCUCUCUCAGGCAGCCGCUUCCACACCGACCUUCUCUUCUUCUACCCAUGUUUGAUCUUGGCGACGAGCUUACAGUAGAAGGCUAUAGAAUUCCCUGGCUGAUAUGGAUCCAAAUAUUGAUCUUGGUCCUCCUCGUCAUUCUCCUUUUCUGUUUCAGUUUCUUUCCUUCAGAUCUCUCGGACACCACCACCUCUUCUUCCUCAGCUGCGCCAUCUGCUGUUGGUGUCUUCAUGCCUCUAAAUUCCCAUUUAGACAAGCAAACACUCGAGCAUAAUGAUCACACAACAACUGCCACAGACUGCUUGCAACACAGCCAGGUACAUCAGAACAAAAGUAUAAAGGGAGAGAUAACAACAAACACAGGCAGAAGAAUAGUAAGUGAAGACAACUUCGGAAAUUCUGCAAACUUCAUCGAUUUCCAUCCCUGCAACUAUUUUAGGCUUGCUAAACUUGCAUUUCUUAAGUGUUUUGGCUUGGACUCCAUGUCUGAUAAUUCCUUAAACUCGGAGCAGAAAAAAGAAAGAUAAUAUAUGUUAUCGUGCUACUCUUUAACUGAUCACUUUGAGUUCAUCUAUCUAGCUUUUCUGAAGUUGUUGUACAGGAGACGAACCUCUCCAGAGAAAAAUCUGUACAGGAAAUUUGCUGCCAUUUGCUUAAGAGGAGGUCGAUUUUGACGAGAACCACUGAUCCCAGGGAAUAGAAAUCAGGUUGCAGCUUGUUUCAGGUGUAUGCUGCUAAAAUCAUGCAAGGUGUGACCGUUAUGGUUUUCAAUCAGAGUAGAGGCUGAAAAUGUUGAUUGGAGCAAAGUUGGUUUCCCAUGAAUUUCCCAUGUAUUUUGACACAGAUCAUGGGAUUGUGUGCUAAGCAUAAAUUGCUUUCUUUGACUCAAAAAUAAACUCUGCGGCAUAUUUCUUUUAGAGUAGAAUGAUCAAGCUCUUUGGCAUUUGCGUUCCCA